AUGGAGGAAUUUAGCACGUGUCCAGUCCCAGUUUACAAAAUAAUUCUGGGCAACAAUUACUUGCAAGUUCCAUAUGCUGCUCCACAACAACAGUGCAGUUCUGGCCAGAUGAGACAUUACGGCAUUCCAGAUCUUUGGAUGAGCACAACAGAAAGUAGGAAUCAAGGGACAAAUCCUCUUGCCGAGCCAAGUGAUGCAGUACCUGCUGGUGUUUGUAGUACCAUCACAAACAGCAACCAGAGUCCCAGUGAUGUCCCUGUGAAUGUCGUCACUUUGAUGCCCGGCCAAGCACCAAGCUCUUCAAACGCUCAGGUGUCAGAUGGGGACAAAGCUGGUGCCACGCUCCUGUUCUCCGGAGUCUUCUUGGGCCUGGUUGGCAUGGCAUUCACGGCUAUGGGGUGGACAAAUUACAAUUUCAGUCACAGCUACGAGUGGACACAGCUUCUGGGGCCAAUUCUACUGUCAGUAGGAGGUACAUUUGUGCUGAUAAGCAUCUGCAAGUUCCAAAUGCUGUUCUGCCUGAGCUGCAAGCAGAAUGAUGGAGAGUUAACACCUGAAACAGACCCUCUGCCGCCACUUUCAGGACCAUCGUUCAUCUUCACUAGAUUCAAUCAGCCCAUUACCUUCCACAGGGCCACGGUGGUCCAGUACAUCCCACCACCGUACACCUCUGUAGUACCAGACCAAAGUCUGAGUCCUGUUAAUGGUUUGCAUUCAAACCACCAGCCAUUAGCAGUCACAGUGAACACACCACCACAGUAUUACAGCAUGUAUCCAGUGGAAAACCCUGGUUUUAAUUCUGGUGAACAUGACAGCGCUACAGCAGAGCAAAGGGAAAACAGGAAUCGCGUUGUCUCAGAGGACGAAGAAGAGGAGAAAGAAAGUGCAACCGACAGCGCCUCUUCUCCACCUGCUUACGAGGACAUCUACACUCCUGAUCAAUUAAAUACAUUUUAUUAAGAACUUUUUAAAUAAAUUUCAUUUGUUAACUUAAGGUAUCCAUUAUCGUAUUUGUGUUACAUAAUUUUGCUAAAUUAAAAUGAGACUCAGAGAAUAUUAA